AUGUCGGACCAAUCUCUCAGUGCCACUGAUGGCAAUGCUUCUAACAAGCGGAAGCGCGAAAGCAAUGACAGUACUGGACCUGAUCCUCAGCGUUUGAACCGUUCCUCUCAUGGUAGCAAUGGGAACAUCCAGGGUCUAACUGGCGACAACCAAUCUGGCUUUCAUGGAUCCUUGGACCCCUAUGACCAUGGACUUCCGAACACCUCUCCAGAGCUCAGUCAGAUCGACCAGCAGAUCCUUCAGCAUGUUGGACCUCAGAAUGGCAUAUCCGACGAGAAUGCAUUGACUGCUAAAGCGGCCCUCGCUGCCCACGCUCCGCAGAACAAGUAUCCUCCUCCUCCUUCUGCGAACGACUUCAACAGCAACCUCGGACAUGGUCUCACCUUCGGUGACGAGCUAAAUCAAAGUGCCAUGGGCCCCAGUCAUGGUCAUAACUCUACUGCUGCCGCUGUCUAUGCGGCUCGCGAAGCACAGAGCAUGAAUCAGAAGCCUACAGUUGGCUCGCCCGAAUGGCACACCAUUCGUAAGAACAACCACAAGGAAGUUGAACGUCGUCGCCGUGAAGCUAUCAACGAGGGCAUUAACCAGAUCUCCCAGCUCGUUCCCAACUGCGACAAAAAUAAGGGAGCCAUUCUGCAGCGUGCUAUUGAGUACAUCUGCCAGCUGCAUGAGGAGAAGAAGGCCAUGAACGAAAGAUGGGAUCAGAACAACAUGACGACCAGCCAUGCGAUCAAUGAAAUCAGUGCUCAGAACGCAAAGCUGAAGGGCGAGGUUAACCGCCGUGGUGACGUCGCAUUGAAGUGGAUCCAGCGCUGUCGGGAUGCUGGCCUCGAAUUCCCAGACUAUGCGGAGGACGAAAAAGAUCUCGGCCAGCUUGAAAUCGAUCACGCACAGGGUUAA